UAUACAAUGCAACGCCGACAAUCGGAGCGGUGUUUUUUUUCCUCUUCUCCCUUGUGUUGUGUGUAUUUCGAUGUGAACAGCACACGCAAAACUAAAGCAAAGUAAGGAAGAGAAAAAUACAGAGGAAAAACAAAUCUCACUCCAUUCGGUUUUUGAGUGAAGUCUCUUGCAUACUGUAAAUGGAAUACCAGAAGAACCACAAGACACUUACACACACACAAAUACACACACGCUCACAGUCGCACGCAAAUACACAAACACCAGCACACACACACACACACACUGCACAGAUAUGAAACGCACCAACAUUCAAAUUCAAAAUGGCGUCAUCAAUCUGCUUUAGGUUUGGUGAUUUUGUGUGUAUCGCUUCAUAAUAUAACCCAAUUUUUAAUUUAUGUUUCGCAUUUUUUUCGGUCUCGUACGAAUUUAAUAAUAAGUAGCAAGUGAGUGCAACAAUUUACGGUAAAUAAAGAAAAACGUACAAACGAAAAGCCACACCGAAUUAUGAACAAUACCAGUUAAAAGUGCUUCACAACAAACAAACACCACACACAAAAAAGAAAGAAAUAAUACACAGGCAGCGACAAGAGAGAAGAGUGUUUAUCAAAGAGAAGAGGAACAGGCCAAGCAACAUUAGCAGCCGCACCAAAUCUCGUAUCUUGUAUAUUAUUCUCGGGCUGUUUUUUUCCCUUCUUCUGCUGUGUCUUACAUAUGAGAUAAAGUGACUGCAAUUUCAGUUUUUGUUUUUAUUGUUUUGUGCAUAGAAGAGCGAAAAGAAUCCUCUUCUGGAAUAUAUUUCGUUUUUUUUAAUUAAUUUUUUUUAUAUACUUUCCAAUGUAAUUAUUAUACACGGCACCGAUCUCACAAACAAACAACAACAAAAAAAGAAACAACUCCAGUUCCAUUUGAAUCCAAUUGAAGAGUUGGGAAUCAUUUUUUUUUCAUAUUGUGUAUAAAUUUGGUGUGUGGUGAGUGUGUUUUAUGGGAAAGUUCAUUGGGAGUCGCGGCGCGCGGAACAGAGGAAAUAGAAAUUGAAACGAACAAAUUUUGUGCAUUUCGAAAAACUGCUGAGUAAAGGAAGUACAGACACACAAGUGUGUUCAACCAAGAAAAAAAAAACAUCCAAAUUUCUCGGUGCUUUUUUUUUAUUCGUUAGUUCGUUCGCCAGUGCUGUGUCUGUUUCAUUCGUUCCAUCGAAAAAAGAGAGUGUGUGCUUUGCCUUUAUUUUCCGCAUAUAAGCGACAGCUACACUCAUAAUAAAUAACAACAACAACCAACAAAACACGAAUAAACCGAUAGAAAAGACUCAAGUUUGAGGCAAAAUCCCAGCCAACGAAAGCAAAAACCAACAACAACACGCACAGAACGGAAUAUGGAAAUAAAAUUCAAUUAAUGAUCAGUGCAGUCAAAGGAAAAAUAACCACCACCUCAACCCGAAAAAACGAGAAAAAAAAAUCCGAAGAAACGAAACCGAAACGCGAUUCAGUCAGUGAGAUGUGAUUCGAAUUAUACGUGAAUGCACGUACAAUCAAAUCGAAAUAUAUGUAACAAACACAAGAAAAAAAGUUUAGUGCGGAUAAAAAAGAAUCGACGCAAAACAGUAAAACAUCAAAAUUCACAUCGCAAGACCGAACAAACAAACGAUAAAGAGCAGAGGACGGGUGCGAUUUGUUUUGGGAGCACAAUACACAGAGAAAAAAAAGAACGGCUAUAUAACAAAUAGCAAAAUAAGAACAUAACAACAGCACGGGUACCCAUUCAUACCGGAAGCGCGGCGAGACAAGAAUUUGAACGAAUACAUUCCGACGUCAACGACUAGGAGGUAGAGAGGAGAUGCGCGCAAUUCAUUCACAAAGUGCAAUGCCGAUAUCCGAACAAAAUAAAUGAAUAGAAAUCUCACAUAUUCGGGAGCUAGAGAGACAGCAGCAGCAGCAGCAGCAGAAGCAGUAGUAGUAGCAACAAAUUACAUCAAUGCAAAUUCAGAGUUUGUUUGGCAACUCGCAGGGAAUUGAAUGCAACGGUGUAAUCGAAAAUUAAUAGGCAGCUCAAAAUUGCUGUGCAGCAAGCAGCACUACAAUCAUUGCACUUUUUCUUGAAUAUUUCAUUAUCGCUUGAUAAAUUGGCUUCACCAUCGGCCAAACAGAACUAGACAUGCAACAUUUCAACAAUGGUCAUGCAACGGAACAUUCACCGAACUCCUCACAUUUAUCAGUGCACAGUGAUGUUCCAUCUGAUUCGACAGCACCAAAUUCGGCAGCCGUUGCCGCUGCCGCUGCACUUGUAGCACGAACACAUAAACAACAGACAACCCAACAGGUCACAACCGUUACUAAGGUUGUGCGCGAAGUUAAGCACUUAGGCGAUACAGGAGCCUGGUCGCAGUACAUUAAUUAUAACCACUUGGAUCAACAGAAUAGUCAUGGACAACCUUCCCAAGCACACGAUUUAUACGUACAUGGGAACAAUACGGCGGCUAAUGCUGGUAUCGCUGAUCCACAAUAUCAUACUCAUUCACAUAUGCAUCCAGACGCCGCAGCAACGGAUUGGAAUGCCGUGGCCGUAGAUUAUAACCAUUAUCCUUCGACACAAUAUGCGAAUUCUGGACCAUAUGGCACAUCAAUAGGAGCUACGUAUGAAUACAGUGGAGGCGUUAACGAUCAUCGACCAGAAAGUCCUGGCGAUGACAAGCAGCAAGCGCAACAUAAUAUAAUACCAGCGGGUGUUGCAUACUUACAAGCGCCGUAUCACGAUGAAUUGUCCGAUUUUCGGAUAACACCAUCGCCGGGUGGACCAAUGCUAGACCAUCGAUACCAAGACGAUUCAGCGAACAUGGUAUAUGGAUAUGUGUCCUCGCCGUAUGGUACAACAAAUCCGGCUGCAGGUUAUCUUGUUCAUCACAGUGGAUUCGCUACGAGUGGCAAAUUUAGUGAGGAAGAUGCCUUACAAAAGCAUAUGUCACACAUGGCGAUAGUGGAUAGUGAUCAGCAGCAGCAGCAACGUGGUAGUGCUGCAUCGGCAGCGGUAAGCGCAUCGAUGCGCUGGCGUGAUCCGAAUUUGACGGAAGUGAUUAGUUUCUUGAACAAUCCAAAUAACGUGAUUAAAGCGAAUGCAGCGGCAUAUUUACAACAUUUAUGCUAUAUGGAUGAUCCGAAUAAGCAGCGUACACGAACACUGGGCGGUAUACCGCCACUCGUAAAACUGUUGUCACACGACAGUCCGGAGGUGUAUCGCAACGCGUGCGGUGCCUUACGGAAUCUAUCGUAUGGCCGUCAAAAUGAUGAGAAUAAGCGGGCCAUCAAGAAUGCAGGCGGUAUUAUUGCGUUAAUUAAUUUACUUAGGCGAACAACGGAAUCGGAGGUGAAGGAGCUUGUCACCGGCGUCAUAUGGAAUAUGUCAUCGUGUGAGGAUCUCAAGCGAUCGAUUAUUGAUGAUGGUGUUAGUGUGAUUGUAACAUAUAUUCUGAUUCCGCAUUCCGGAUGGGAUGUCAAUAGUCCCGGCGAUCCAUGCUAUUCAACCGUUUUUCGAAAUGCAUCGGGCGUAUUACGGAAUGUUAGUUCGGCCGGUGAAUAUGCGCGCACGAAACUUAGAGAUUGUCCAGGCCUUGUUGAUUCCCUAUUGUAUGUUGUUCGGGCAGCAAUUGAAAAGUCAAAUAUUGGAAAUAAAAUUGUAGAGAAUUGCGUGUGCAUCCUACGUAAUUUAUCAUAUCGAUGUCAAGAGGUCGAAGAUCCAAAUUACGAUAAACAUCCGUUGCCAACGCAAAGUCGAACCACAAACAGUUCACAAUCGUCGUCGUCGGCUGGCGGUGGUACCGGUGGUGCAUCGUCAUCGUCGUCGUCGUCAUCGUCGUCAAAGGGCGAUAAUCUUGGUUGCUUCGGUGCAAGUAAAAAGAAAAAAGACGCAAACAAUGAAUACAAAGAUAGUUUGUCGGGCAGUGCAAAUGCGGCGAACGGUAGUGCCGGUGGUACAACGUCACGAAGCUCAUCCCAAAGACAAGAACCGAUCAAAGGCUACGAACUUCUGUGGCAACCGGAAGUCAUUCAAUCCUAUUUGGCACUGUUGCAAUCGUGCUCGAAUCCAGAAACAUUGGAAGCGGCCGCCGGAGCCAUUCAAAAUUUAGCCGCCUGCUACUGGCAACCCAGCAUCGAAAUACGGGCCGCCGUUCGAAAAGAAAAGGGACUGCCGAUUUUAGUGGAACUCUUGCGAAUGGAAGUGGAUCGUGUUGUGUGCGCCGUUGCGACCGCAUUACGAAAUUUAGCUAUUGAUCAGCGAAAUAAAGAAUUGAUCGGGAAGUAUGCAAUGCGUGAUUUGGUUCAAAAACUACCGUCAGGCAAUCCACAACAUGACCAGGGCACAUCGGACGACACAAUAGCCGCUGUGUUGGCCACACUCAAUGAAGUGAUUAAAAAGAAUGCCGAAUUUUCACGAUCACUGCUCGAUGCUGGCGGUGUUGAACGACUUAUGAAUAUCACGCGACAACGUCAAAAAUACACAAAUCGUGUAUUGAAAUUUGCCGGCCAAGUGCUUUUCACCAUGUGGCAGCAUCAAGAGCUACGCGAUGUGUACAAAAAGCAUGGUUGGAAAGAGCAAGAUUUUGUGACGAAAACAAUUGCCGCACGAAAUGCAGCGCCGAAUUCACCAAAUAAUGCAAACAGCACAUUGAACCGUCCGAUGGCAUCGCAGAGUGGUACACGAUACGAAGAUCGCACCAUUAAGCGAAACGCUGGCGGCAGCCAACAACAAUCGAUGACGGCCAGUGGCCAAGCACAACCGCAGCAGGCACCGGUGAACAAUAUUGGCAACCUGCACUAUCAGCACAACGAUGAGUUGGGCUUGUCAGCGGAUAUGGCAUAUGCGGAUGCAUCAGCGCAACAGCAACAGGUUCGAGUGUAUCCGAAUGGUCCGAAUCAACAGCAGCCACCAUCCGUAAGUCAUUAAUCCAAAAUACCCACACACACACACACAACAAAAAAAAAAACACAAAACAAAAACAAACAAAAAAAAACCACACAAACACUUUUAUUGCCAAAAAUCUCUCGCGAAACAAUGGGCGUAAAAAAAACACGAGAAAUUCUGUUCAACUAUUGAUUCGAUUUGAAUUGUAUAAGAGAAUACGUCUAUAAAUAGAGAUUUCACGCGACCGAUCUAUUUGAAUAUUAACAAGAACCCAAUUGAUUCACAAGAACAAGAAUUAAUAAUGAAAAAUAACAGUAAAAUCAGCACAACCACCAAAAUUAAAUGUAUCUACAAGAAAAAAAAAAAAAGAUACAGAUUUUGUUUUUGUUCGUUUCGAAUGGAAAGAAUUAGUGAAAAAUAUUGACGAAGAAGAACGAAAAAAAAUGCUAAGAACUUAUUAAGCCAACAGUUAAAGAUUCUCUGUUAUUUGAUUGACCUCUACACAAAUAUAUAUGUUUUUUUUUUAUAUUUUGUUUUACUUUUCCUGUAGAUUUGAAAGAAGAAAAAAAUAGAGAAAAUAAAUUCUUUUUAUUUAUAUUAUUUUACAAGCAAAUGAAAAAAAAUAAUGUGUAUGUAAAACAAGAGGAAAGAAUUUGAAAUGUAUUCGAGGUCGAUCGAUGGUUUUGACACGUUAAAUUGUGAAGUAAAAAAUACAAUCUGCCGUGAAAAAAACCAGCCAUAAUGCAAUAGAUUCCUUUGACAAUUGAAAAAAAAAAUGACAACCAUUUUCCACGGUCCGGCACCAAAACGGUCAAAACCAUCGCGAUCCGACGCUUAUGCGAAAUUUAUGAAGAGAAAGGUGAUGACAACAAGAACAACAGACAAAAACAAAUUGUAAUUAAUUAUAUAAAUCUUUAUAUGUACAACAAAUGAAUAAAUAUAGACGUAAAUAAA